AGGGAGAGUUUUAUGGGGUUUCUAGGACGCCAGGUAAGUGUCUUCGCGUCUCUCCAUCAGCACCGGACGUAUAUGACUGGGACUUAUGCAUGCAAAAUCACAUUUAACAAAAACAUAGACAACACACAACUUGAGCAGAGCCGGAGCAGAAAAAAGCGUCCCAUCUAAAUAGGCAAAUGGGGCUUUUUGACAGGCUUGCAGGGUGGCUGGGCCUGAAGAAGAAGGAAGUGAACGUGCUAUGUUUAGGUCUGGACAACAGUGGAAAAACUACCAUCAUCAACCAGCUAAAGCCAUCCAAUGCUCAGGCUCAAGACGUUGUCCCAACUAUAGGUUUCAGCAUAGAAAAGUUUAAGACCUCAAGUCUUUCUUUCACAGUGUUUGACAUGUCAGGGCAGGGCAGAUACAGAAAUCUGUGGGAGCACUAUUACAAGGAGGGUCAGGCCAUCAUAUUUGUGAUUGACAGUGGCGAUAAACUUAGAAUGGUGGUGGCAAAAGAAGAAUUGGAUACCCUUUUGAAUCACCCUGAUAUUAAGCACAGAAGGAUACCUAUACUCUUUUUCGCCAACAAGAUGGACCUCAGGGAUGCACUGUCAGCAGUAAAGGUCUCCCAGCUCUUGUGUCUGGAAAACAUUAAGGACAAACCAUGGCAUAUCUGUGCAAGUGAUGCAGUGAAAGGCGAAGGUCUUCAGGAGGGUGUAGACUGGCUGCAAGAUCAAAUCAGAGCAAUGAAAACGUAAAACCCUCCUGAGAAAUAAAAACAGUCAAGGUCACCAGCAGCAAUGGCGGAGCCAGACAAAACCUUUUGUGCUGAUGUUAAAAUCAAUUAGGUUGGUAGUGUAAUAAACUAUUUGGCUU